AUGUCACCAACUGCUGAACAAAACGUCGAGGGAUCGAUGGUGGCCAAGGAGGAGGUCUGCUAUAGGUUUCACUCGAAAGAAGGCCGCGAAUUCACCCUCUCAAAAUCGGCCGCCCACCUUUCAGUCCUCGUCAAACAGAUGGUUCCGGAUCUGGGAAUCGAUGACGACGAGGAGAUCAAGACUAUGAGGCCAAUUCCGCUGAUCAAUGUCGGUAGCGAGGCAUUGGCGCUGGUAGUCAAAUGGUGCGAGCAUCACAAGACGAUGCCCGCUUGGGAGGAGGAGAAAUGGUGGCUGAAUGAGAGAGACGCAGAGAUGAGGAGAUGGGAACGAGAAUUUAUCACCGCCAUGUCUCCUGAUCAACUCUUCAACGUCUUCUCCGCGGCAAACUACAUGGACAUCAAAUGUCUGUUUGACAAAUGCGCUGAAGCCGUGGCAGAUAUGGCACGGGGAAAAUCCGUAGAAGAAAUCCGUGAGGUCUGGAUACUGGAGAACGACUUCACACCCGAGGAGCAGGAGAAGAUGAAUAAUGAAAACCCGUGGACGGUGGUGCUGCGCGAUAUCGACAUCAAGGCCAGGCCGGACGAGUUC